AUGAAAUCGGUUAUUCACUCUUGGAAAACACCUAUUGUUUUUAUUUCGGAGUCUCAUUCACCGUUUGUAAACCUAUCUUUUGAGGAUUAUUUAUUUCGAAAUCAUGUAUCAACUGUUUUAUUGUUGCUUUAUCGUAAUGAUAGAUCUAUUAUUAUUGGGCGUAAUCAAAACCCAUGGAUAGAGGUAGAUCUUAAAUAUAUGAAUGAACGAAAAAUUACUUUAGUGCGACGUCAAUCGGGAGGUGGUGCUGUUUUUCAUGAUCUUGGUAAUACAAAUUAUUGUUUGAUGACGUCUCGUUUAUCUUUUGAUCGGAAAAAGACAUUACAGAUGGUAGUAGAUGCAUUGCAUUUGGCGGGUAGAUUUGUUUCUAUGAAUAAACGUUAUGAUUUGGUUUUUGGAUCUGAUAUGUUGAAAGUUUCUGGGUCUGCAUUUAAAAUAUCGAAGGAUCGUGCCUAUCAGCAUGGAACGAUGUUGCUUAAUACUGAUCUUACAUCUUUAAAGAGUCUUUUAACGAACUUAAAUUUGUCAAUAGAUGCAAAGGGUGUUCAAAGUAUAUCUAGUGCUGUUGGAAAUCUUGGACUCAGUCAUGAAGACUUUUGUCGUCAUUUAUGCUCGAUAUUUCAAGAUAAAUAUAAUUCAGGGAAACCUAUACCUAUUCAUCGGGUUUCAUAUGAAGAUAUUUGUUCUAUUGAUAGUGUUCAGGAUCGUAUUUUAGAAAUGAAGCAUUGGUCAUGGGUUUAUGGACAGACGCCAGAAUUUACGAAUCGUUUAGCACAUACAUUUACUUGGGGCUGUGUUAACGUUUAUAUUGUUUGUAGACGUGGAUUGUUCUUUCAUAUUCAAGUAGAAAGUAAUACGGAAUUGCCUUUUGUUUUUGAGGAGAUAUGUCAUGAGUUAAUAGGUCGUCGCUAUGUAGCAGAUGAAAUAUAUUCUUUUUUAUACACUAUUGAAACUUCGCCAGGUAUAAAAAAAGAACUAAUUCAAUUUUUGGAAUGGCUUGCUGUAUCUAUUUGA